AUGGCUGUGAGAGAUAUAGAAGAAGGAGUAGUUGAUUCAAAUUCUACUAUUCCUUUGAAACAACACUUUGUGUUUGUACAUGGCAUAAGUGGAGGAAGUUGGUGUUGGUAUAAAAUUUGUUGUCUUAUGGAGAAUUCUGGGUACAAAGUUUCAUGCAUAGACCUUAAAAGUUGUGGAAUUGAUCAAUCUCAUGCUGAUUCUAUUCUUACUUUUGAUGAUUAUAAUAAACCUCUUAUUGAUUUCAUAUCUGAUUUACCAGAUAAUGAAAAGGUUAUAUUGGUGGGGCAUAGUGCAGGAGGAUUGAGUAUUACUGAUGCAUGUCACAAAUUUCCAAAUAAAAUUCGUUUAGCAGUGUAUGUGGCAGCAACUAUGCUGAAAUUUGGAUACUCAACCGAUCAAGAUCUUAAAGAUGGAGUACCAGAUUUAUCGGAGUUUGGUGAUGUCUAUGAAUUGGGGUUUGGAUUGGGACAGGACAAGCCUCCCACAAGUGCUUUGAUAAGGAAACAGCUUCAACGCAAAAUCUUAUAUCCUCUAACUCCUCAUGAGGAUUCAACCCUAGCUGCGAUGCUGUUGAGGCCAGGGCCAUUGUUGGCAUUAAUGAGUGCGAAAUUCGGAGAAAAUGUAGAAGUGGAGAAAGUGGGACGUGUGUACAUAAGGACAAAGCAAGACAAUGUGAUUAAACCAAAGCAACAGGAAGUUAUGAUAAAUAGGUGGCCACCAAGUAGUGUGUAUGAACUGGAUAGUGACCAUAGUCCCUUCUUCUCUGCCCCAUUUUUACUAUUCGGUUUGCUUAUUAAAGUUGCAGCUUUUGACGUUGGAUGCAACUAA